UCGGUGGCUCCAGGAAGCGACAUGUCCAAGCCGCCCCCCAAACCAGCCAAGCCAGGACAAGUUAAAGCAUUUAGAGCUCUGUGUACAUUUGAACCCACAACUCCAGAUGAAUUGUACUUUGAAGAAGGCGAUAUUAUUUACAUUACUGACAUGAGUGACACCACUUGGUGGAAAGGCACCUCCAAGGGAAGGACGGAAUUAAUCCCAAGCAACUAUAUGGCUGAGCAAGCAGAAUCCAUCGACAAUCCGUUGCAUGAGGCUGCAAAGAGAGGCAACUUGAGCUGGCUGAGGGAGUGUCUGGACAACCGGGUUGGUGUGAACGGUUUGGACAAAGCAGGAAGCACUGCCUUGUACUGGGCUUGUCACGGGGGCCACAAAGAUAUCGUGGGAAUGCUAUUUACUCAACCAAACAUUGAACUGAACCAACAGAACAAGUUGGGAGACACAGCUUUGCACGCUGCCGCAUGGAAGGGCUAUGCAGAUAUUGUCCAGCUGCUUCUGGCAAAAGGUGCUAGAACUGACUUAAGAAACAAUGAGAAGAAGCUGGCCCUUGAAAUGGCAACGAAUGCAGCCUGUGCAUCUCUUCUGAAAAAGAAACAAGGAACAGAUGCAGUUCGAACAUUAAGCAAUGCCGAGGACUAUCUUGAUGAUGAAGACUCAGACUAAUUUCCUCCCAGAGCGUCAAGAGUUAAACCUUCUGUUGCUUUUGCCAUUCCAAACCCUGUCUUUGCCAGAAGAGUAUUGGUAACUAUAAAAAGAAAUGUCUAUAUGAAACGUGGCAGUACUGCACUGUAUUUCAGUAGAAUGAGCAAGUGCAUACUUCUCACCUUCAGUUUGCCAACCAGUGACUGCAUACUUUGCUGCAUAAAGUACAGUUUUGUUUAUCAGAGUAGGACUAGGAGAGAUUAUUUCUAUUUAUCAAGC